AAAAGAAAAGGGAGAAAAAAGAUUAAAGGAGAGCAUCGUCAACAAACGAACAAGACACGGCCACCCACCACAUCAGAAUUAUACAUACGUAUUCUCUGACCAUAAAAAAAACCCAAGAGUUGUCAGUGUCCAAGCCGCCCCGAGAAAGCAAGCUAGAGACACAUACCCUAUCCCUUCUCCUUUUUAGCUAUACUCUCUCUCUCUCUCUCUCUCUGUUGUUUUUUAUUGCUUAACACACCUGCAAACCCAGUUGAGCUUGUUUUGUUGGGCUUUGAGUUGGAGAUGGAGAUGAUGCAUUAUCAGUUGAGCAACUCAUCUUACCAAGACUCCCUCAAAGUCUUGGAGGCUGAUAUCCAGCAUGCCAAUGCUUUGGCUGCUGCAAUUCCAAGGGGCAAGGAUGGAGCGCGUCUGCAGAUGAAAUUAGUUUACAAUCGCUGGGCACCUCUCCUUUUCUUUUUGCUACAACGGAUAGAUUGUUCAUGCAUUUGCCUACUCCCUAGAUAUCUAAAUUUCUUUCAUGUACUUUUAUAUAAGGUAUAUAGCGAUGGUAGACCUAGCCUAUCUAAGCACGGAAGGAAAGCAACAAUUCGGGAAUUCUAUGGUGUUAUAUCACCGUCUCUUCAACGGCUUCAUAGUAACUUAGAAGAGCUGGAAGAUGUUAAGGGAGAGAAUUCUGGCAUGGAGAGUUUGUGCAAAAAUAAGGUGGAAGGAGAUAACAAGCUUGCCAAUAUUGAUUUAGAGAGGGAAGAUGAAUGUGGAAUUUGUUUGGAGCCCUGCACCAAAAUGGUACUGCCUAAUUGCUGUCAUGCAAUGUGCAUCAAAUGCUACCGCAACUGGAACACAAGGUCAGAGUCCUGCCCAUUUUGCCGUGGCAGCUUAAAGAGAGUUAACUCGGAAGACCUAUGGGUUCUCACUUGUAACAAUGAAGUUGUUGACACAAAAGCGGUUUCCAAAGAGGAUUUGUCACGCUUCUAUCUCUACGUCAAUAGCUUGCCAAAAGAUUAUCACGAUUCCCUUUUCUUAAUGUAUUACGAGUACCUAAUAUGAAUUGAAAGUAAAUAAGAAGAAUGAUGUAUAGAGGGGAGAUGCUGACCUUCAAAUGUACAUAGAGACCGGUAAGAACUAUUGUCCCUGAUUCUUACACAAAAUGAUCGAUCUCAUCUUUUGUUGAGUCCUUGAAAGUCAGCAUCCUCGUAAUUAAUAUAAAUAUCUAAUUAUGUGAA